AUGGCGACUCGCAUCCAGGAGAAAAUCCAACGGAAUGAACAUAGCAAGCUCAAUGUCAUAAUUGUUGGUGCUGGUUUGGGGGGAUUAGGUGCCGCCAUCGGAAUUCUCCUCGCGGGCCAUGACGUGACAGUCCUGGAAGUUGCAUCAUCAAUCGGCGAAGUCGGUGCAGGCAUCCAAGUGUUACCGAAUGCAGCCAAGGUCUUGUUUUCCUGGGGCCUUCAGGAGCCUCUGGAAAGCUGUGCUACGAGACCACGGAAGUGCAAUUUUAUCGGCUGGAAAGGAAACCACCUGGGAGAAAUGGAUUACCACGGCUACGCGGCUGCCACAGGAGGGUAUCCCUUUCUGGAUUUCCACCGUUCGAAUCUUCAUAAGUGUCUUCUCGAUCGUGCGGUGGAGCUUGGUGCCAACAUCGUGACUGGCGCCAAUGUUUCGAGUUACUCUAUCUCCGAGGAAAGCAGCACCACUACAGUACAUCUGGAGGAUGGGAGAACCUUUGUUACAGAUCUUUUGGUUGGAGCUGAUGGAAUCAACUCGAAGCUGAGGGAGCAAUUUUUGGGCAGGGCUGAUCCUCCAGAACUGACUGGAGAUCUUGCAUACCGUUUGUUGCUCUCCACGAGUGAGAUGCUGAAAGAUCCGGAACUCCGGCCAUUCAUCGAGAACCCGCAGGUCAAUUACUGGAUCGGUCCGGAUAAGCACGCUGUGAACUACGUCCUCAGAGGCGGUAAAAUGUUCAACAUGGUUCUCCUCGUGCCAGACGAUAUCCCGGCCGAUGCUGGCAACACUCUCAAAGGAGACAUCCCAGAGAUGCGUGCCCACUUUCAGGAUUGGGACCCUCGAAUUGGCAAGAUGCUGGCCUUGUGCGACUCGGUGUUGAAAUGGCGCCUAUGUAUCAGACCGGGCCUUGAUCCUACCUGGUCCGACCCAUCGGGUGCGUUUACCAUGCUCGGCGAUGCCGUCCAUGCUACCCUUCCAUACCUAGCCAGCGGCGCCGGAAUGGCUUUGGAAGAUGGCGGUGUCCUAGGGCUAUGCUUGGGGCGCUUGAAAGACAAAUCACCAGCCUCAAAGCAGAAAGCGCUUCGGAUAUAUGAGGCCUGUCGCCGAGAGCGAACCGAGAAGGUGGUCCAACGUGGCACGUAUAAUCAGUGGAUUUACCACCUUCCCGAUGGCCAAGAGCAGAUUGAACGGGACGAAAGGUUCAAGAAGUUUGACGAUUUUGACCACAAGUGGCUGAAUGAAGAUUCACCCAUUCUUCCAAAAUCAGACGAAACUGGAGAAGAUCCCUUCCCAUGGAGGUACAACGGUGUUGGGAGAUGGCUGCUAAAUUAUGACAUGAGUAAAGAUGUGGAGGAUAAAUGGGACGUUCCAAGAGGAACAAGUGAGGGAAGUGGGAUUGCCCCACGAGCAAGUUUGUAA